CACGGCACCAGAGAUGAAGUCACCUUUCUUCUUUUAAAAGCAACAGAUCUGCCCUGUGAGUCCCUGUCACGUCUGCUGUAACUUGGUGUUUUUUUCCACAGCUGGGCACCAGGACCUUCUCUCAGGAUGUACUUAGGCAUUAUGGUGCCUGGAUGGCAGAAUAUGGUGGCAAAUCAUGCAUUAUGAUUGCUGACUCAACAUGAGUUACGUGAAGAGUUUGCAAGCACAGACUCAUUUGAGUUUCUCAGCUGAGAUUCCCUUUGAUCAGAGAGUUGCACAUACAAGAGAUUUGCUGCAAGCAUGGACCUCAGUGAAAAAUGGCCUUUGGAGGAAGGAACCUGGCUGUCUCAUGCUGGAAUUCAUCACUUUGCCAACACCAGAGGGGACAGUGAGUUUGUGGAAGCCUCACCCACGCUCUACAGCCCGGAGGAGUUAGGUCCCCCUCCUGCCUGUUACAGCCCCAGUAGUGCCGUCCAGAUUCUGGAAGACCCCAACUACUUUUUCCCAGACUUUCAGCUCUAUUCUGGGAGGCAUGAAGCAUCUUUGACGGUGGAGGCAAACAGUAGCAUCAGGGAAAAAGUUGUUGAGGAUCCUCUUUGUAACUUCCACCCCCCGAACUUCCCGAGGAUCUCAGAGGUGGAAAUGAGAGGUUCCGAGGAUGCGGCAGCUGGAACAGUGUUACAGCGGCUGAUCCAGGAGCAGUUGCGCUAUGGCACCCCGACUGAGAACAUGAACUUGCUGGCCAUUCAGCACCAGGCCACAGGGAGUGCAGGACCAGCCCACCCCACAAACAGCUUUUCUUCCACGGAAAACCUCACUCAAGAAGACCCACAAAUGGUCUACCAGUCGGCACGCCAGGAGCCGCAGGGUCAGGAACACCAGGUGGACAACACGGUGAUGGAGAAACAGGUGCGGUCCACACAGCCUCAGCAGAACAACGAGGAACUGCCCACAUACGAGGAGGCCAAAGCGCAGUCCCAGUUCUUCCGGGGGCAGCAGCCGCCGCCACCGCCGCCGCAGCAGGGGGCUGUGGGUCACGGCUACUACAUGGCCGGGGGCGCCAGUCAGAAGGCGCGGACUGAGGGCAGGCCCACAGUGAACCGCGCCAACAGCGGACAGGCGCACAAGGACGAGGCGCUGAAGGAACUCAAGCAGGGCCACGUCCGCUCUCUCAGCGAGAGGAUCAUGCAGCUGUCGUUGGAGAGGAACGGUGCCAAGCAGCACCUCCCCGGCCCAGGGAGUGGCAAGGGCUUCAAGGCGGGAGGGGGACCCUCCCCAGCCCAGCCUGCAUCUAAAGUGCUGGACCCUCGAGGUCCUCCACCCGAGUACCCCUUCAAGACCAAGCAGAUGAUGUCCCCGGUUGGCAAGACCCAGGAGCAUGGACUUUUCUACAGCGACCAGCACCCGGGGAUGCUCCACGAGAUGGUCAAGCCUUACCCUGCUCCCCAGCCUGCGAGGACAGAAGUGGCCGUCCUGAGGUACCAGCCGCCCCCAGAGUAUGGGGUAACGAGCCGCCCAUGCCAGCUUCCUUUCCCAUCAGCGGCGCAGCAGCACAGCCCGAUGUCCUCCCAGAACUCCUCUGUCAGUGGACCUCUGCACUCAGUGUCCCUGCCACUUCCGCCUCCGAUGACCCUGGCAGCCCCGCAGCCCCCGCCCGCUGCCUCCCCCAGCCAGCACCUCGGUCCAGAUGCGUUUGCGAUCGUGGAGCGGGCCCAGCAGAUGGUGGAGAUCCUAACGGAGGAGAACCGGGUGCUGCACCAGGAACUUCAGGGUUACUACGACAAUGCCGAAAAGCUCCACAAGUUUGAAAAAGAACUUCAGAGAAUCUCGGAAGCCUAUGAGAGCCUGGUCAAGUCUACCACCAAGCGAGAGUCGCUGGACAAGGCGAUGAGAAACAAACUGGAAGGCGAGAUUCGAAGGCUCCAUGAUUUCAACAGAGACCUCCGAGAUCGACUGGAGACUGCCAACAGGCAACUGUCCAGCAGGGAGUAUGACGGGCACGAAGAGAGAGCGGCCGAGGGGCUUUACGCUUCCCAGAACAAGGAAUUCUUGAAGGAAAAGGAGAAGUUAGAAAUGGAGUUAGCAGCAGUGCGGACCGCGAGCGAGGACCACCGGAGACACAUUGAGAUCCUGGACCAGGCUCUGAGCAACGCCCAGGCCAGGGUCAUCAAGCUGGAAGAAGAGCUCCGAGAGAAGCAGGCAUACGUGGAGAAGGUUGAGAAGCUGCAGCAGGCCCUGACGCAGCUGCAGUCAGCGUGUGAGAAGCGCGAGCAAAUGGAGCGGAGACUGCGCACCUGGCUGGAGAGGGAGCUGGACGCCCUGAGGACCCAGCAGAAACAUGGAAACGGCCCGCCAGCCAGCCUGCCGGAAUACAAUGCCCCAGCCCUCAUGGAGCUCGUGAGGGAGAAGGAGGAGCGGAUCCUGGCUCUGGAGGCCGACAUGACCAAGUGGGAGCAGAAGUACGUGGAGGAGAGCGCCAUCCGGCACUUUGCCAUGAACGCCGCAGCCACGGCCGCAGCCGAGAGGGACACCACGAUCGUCAACCACUCAAGGAACGGCAGCUACGGCGAGAGCUCGCUGGAGGCCCACAUCUGGCAGGAGGAGGAGGAGGUGGUGCAGGCCACCAGGAGAUGUCAGGACAUGGAGUACACUAUUAAAAAUCUCCAUGCCAAAAUCAUAGAGAAGGAUGCCAUGAUCAAGGUCCUCCAGCAGCGAUCCCGUAAAGACGCCGGGAAGACGGACUCCUCCAGCCUGCGGCCUGCCCGCUCCGUGCCGUCCAUUGCCGCAGCCACGGGGACGCACUCCCGCCAGACCUCGCUCACCAGCAGCCAGUUGGCGGAGGAGAGGAAGGAGGAGAAGACCUGGAAGGGGAGCAUAGGGUUGCUCCUGGGGAAGGAGCAUCACGAGCACGCGUCCACCCCCGUGCUGCCUACGCCCCUUGCCGCGGCGCUGUCCCCCGCGGGCCCUGCCACCCCGGCCAGCAGCGCCCACGCGAAGACGGGCAGCAAGGACAGCAGCACGCAGACGGACAAGAGCGCCGAGCUCUUCUGGCCCAGCGUGGCCUCCCUGCCCACGCGCGGCCGGCUGAGCGGGACCCCGUCCAACAGCCCCGUCCUGAAGCACCCAGCGGCCAAGGGGACGGCAGAGAAACUGGAGAAUUCUCCUGGCCACGGGAAGUCACCUGACCACAAAGGUCGCGUCAGCGGCUUGCUCCACAAGCCCGAGUUCCCUGACGGGGAGAUGAUGGAAGUUCUCAUCUAACACCGGCAUCCCUGUUGAAUUUCACAACAGAACACUGACAAACAAGGAACGUGGCAAAGAGAAAGAAAGGUUGUGGAUGGGAAAUCAGGAAUGAUUUGAGCUGACAAAGAUUUCAGACUAAUGAGAAUGCUUUUUGUAAAUGUUAAAAAAACAAAAACAGAAAACAAAAAACGGGAGACCUACAUGACUGAAGAGGAAGAGGAUGCCGUGGAUUUUUACUGCAUAUGGUGGGAAAGAGAAGAUGCAUGUAGGUUUGGAAACAAAGAAGAAAUAGGAGAUGGAAUUUUUUCAUUGUACAGAAAAUGUAUCUCUUGGGGAGUCUGUGUACACCUAUUCUCUGGUUAUAAACAGAUAAACCUGAGCAUGGAUCUUCCUUGGAAUAUGCCCAUUCUCCUUGCCUCUUAGCUUGUUUUGUUUAAGAAGAACCUCCUAGAAACCUCGGAGAGUUUUGUCUUGACAGAAUGUGACAUCACCUGUGCCCUCCGUGGGGUGUCCUGUGAAUGCAUGUGGGUGUGGCAGGGAGCAGAAAUGUCCAGGGUGAUGGGGAAUUUAAAAGGCCAUCUUCACCACAUUAUCUGCUGAGUUUGUAUUUUCAGGAGGUUGCAGGACUUCUUAGCUUCCCUGGAUUGAGCAGUAUUUUCUAAAUAGGAUGGGAGAUUUCUGGUCCUGGUGCUCACCCUCCCUCAAUUCUCUGAGUUCAUCUUUAUGUCUGCUUCAUACUCUUUCAUUUUGCCCUUUUUUCCUUCAUUUUUUUCCUUUUGUAACAAGCCAUGGCAGAACGCCUUCGGUCUGGGGUUUAUCAGAGCAGUAACGGAGCGGUCAUCAUUCAUAGUGACCAGUGGGACAAAGCCGUAUGGUGGCUUCUUGGCUGUUUCCUCCACCUUUGAGGAGUUGGGCUGCAGCGGUUGACCUCAUUCUGACCGUGAACUAGGUAAGCUGUGACGAGGUGGAAGAUCCAUGAGCACUGUGACGUCCUGCAGUAAGCUCACAGCCCCGGUUUUUCUCUCUCUCAUGUCAGCUCUUGCGUGGAGUUUCAUAUCUCCACCUCAUUGCUCUGUUGAGGUAGGACUUUCAGGACAGCACUCCAGGAAACGAGUGACACUUGACUUGGUGGCAUCCAGAAUCUCCCCAGGCACCUUGUUCCGCUCUCUACUGUCUGUGGCCACUGCUCUGCCCUCCCCUCGCAUCCCUCUGGGCGUUGUUGGUGAGCAAGCCGACUCCGUGACUGUCAGCGUGUGUGUGUCAGCAUGUCCGUUCUGCCCCACAGGGAAUUUGCUUUGUAACCUAACAGGCCAGUAUCAAUACAGUGUAGCCAGGUUUUUCAAGGUUUCAGCUGGGAGCAACUCGUCCGAAGUAAGAUGGAAACACCAGGUCAAAGAGCCAGGAGUGAAUGAAGUCAUGGGCCUCAUCCCUGUGCCUUAAGUUUUCCCACCUGACUCCUCAGAUGUCGGCUUUCUUUACAAAUCUAGAAAGUGCUGAAUCAGAAGAGAGAAGGUAGUCAGGCCAUCAGAUGCUCUUGCAGGGUGUUGAUAGUUUUCUCCCUCCAGGGCAGCUGGAACUGUGUUCUCCCAGGUCCCUUUCCUCUUUUCUUCCCUUUACUUAAGGGAAGAAAAGAAAAAAGCCCAAACUCUGAGGCUUUUUCACGUCCCACCCAAAUGAAGCCCUGAAGACAGCAUCACUUAGGAAAUUUUGCUUAGGUAGCUCAUUUUAGGGUUGGUCUUUGGACUGUAAUCUGGGGGAAGCCUCCCCAGAUCGAGGUGUGGAAGGAUGACAGAGGUGUGGGCUGGAGAGGAAGAGGUGGGGAAGGAGGGGGGCUUCGGAGCUACCUAGUGGUCAGAGUAAGCAGAACCGAUGCUACUCAAGCCCUGCUCUGUGGGGGGCACUGUGCGGCACGCCUGUUGCCUCCUGCAGUCCACAUUAAGCAUCAGUGAGGACGGUGCAGCCUGGGAAACCAGAGCAGCUCUGAGGGGCCGAGCAGCCCUGGGUGUGAGGAGGGAGCAGCGAGGCCUCGUGGCUGGUGUGGGGGCAGGGCGAGUAGGACAUGGGGCGGGGAUGGGGCAGAGGAAUCCCCAUCUCAAUUCCCCAUCACUUUUUACAGGUGAUGAGGCUCAGUUGAUGGCAGCUGACUCUCGUAAGGACCUUUUGACCCCUGAUUAAUGUGGGGGAUGGAAAGAAAACAUCUAGAAAUAAGAGGGCCCAUUACCUCUGCCAGCCCCCACCAUCCGUGUCUGGGCUACCCCAAAUGUGGGCUGUGUCCCCGAGAAAUGGGUGAGAGUGACAGCCACAGCCCAGUUGCCUGCAAAGUUUCAUCUCUGUGCCCCGACACAUCUUGUUGGCAGCUCAGGCACGAGGCUCAUUCGCUUUCCUUGGUCCCCCGAGUUGCCAGGCGUGUUAAUUGUGAGAAUGCAAGCACAGACGUCACCAUUUUUCAGUUGUGCUGUAGUCUCUGAAUCUUUUUUUUCUUCUAACCUGCUAAGGCUCCUCCAUAAGAAAAGAGACCUACAGUCUUGAAAUACCUUCUUUUAUGGGCCCCGACACUCUUCAUCUUCAUAGCUUUCUCAAACCCUUGCUUGCAUUUAGGAGAAAUGCAGAUACUGACCUCCCAUUGUGAGUUCUGGCAGUUGACAAUAUGUGAUCUCAUUGGAUUUUCAGAAAAUAAUCCCAGCUCCAUUUUUUUAGUGAGAACUGUAUGCAGGCACUGGGGUAAGUCCCUUUUAAUGAGUCCUCAGACCCAGUGGGAGCAAGGGUGAGUUUAUCAUCCUUAUUUCACAGAGGAGGAAACUGGGGCUCAGGGAGGUCAAGUCCCUUCCCAGGAGAGGCUGGGGUCUGAACCGAGGCUCUGAGGAGCCGUGCCUUCGACAGGCUGGACUGCCUCUAACUUGGGGAUGAUAAUAAGCAUCUUUCAGUGCCACAUCUUGACCCUCCCUGUCCCCUGCAGGUGAUGUGUGCACUCGUAGGCACACGCGUGCACACACACACAGAGUGAGAGAGCUCCCCACUGCCCCAGGAGCUAAGAAAUUGGAGUAAAGACCAGAACUGCUGCAAGUGCCCAUAAACACAGGUAUGGGGGAGGCUGUGUGUUCUGUUAUAAGCAGGGCCACGACGUCUGGUCCAGAGGCUGGGCCUUCUCCGGAGCUUCCCAGUGCUGUCUGACUCUGAACUCACAGGCCCUGUCUCAGGGGGAAGGGAGAAGGCCUUGGCCUUGUGUGACUCUGCUUUGGUGUGUCAUCUGGCAGUUUCUGCGUGCUGUCCGGGGUAUUGUAUGGAGCAAGAGGUGUUGCUGCCUUCUGGCACUAAUUUCAGAGUGUGUGCAGAACCUUUCCUUCGCAUUUUCUUCUUAGCUUUUCUUCUGCUUCCCAGAGGUUGGAAGCCAGCCACAGUGUCGCACUCAGUCCACUGGAGCAGGCGUGCAGGACAGGGCUGCUGCAUCCCUCCCGGCUUGGGUUGGAGGGCAGAGAAUGGGGGCACUUCUCUCGUCUUCAUUUUGCAGACCUUGCUCUUUGGAACCUACAUGUGCAUUUGACUACAUAGGACUUGGGUUGAAUAUCGAGACUGUUGCUCCCAGUGGGUUGUGAACUUGGAAGAGAGAGUUCAUUGGUUCUGUUGCUCGGAGGGGAGCCGUUGGGAUGCCCCUUGCGGAGAAGCCAGCCAUCGCUGCUCCUCUCUCCCAGGUUUGUCCUCAGCCACCUGUGUCCUCGUGAUGCUGAGUGCUUACCAUUACAGGUGGCUCCUGCUUCCUUGUCCUUAGCUAAUGGCAAGAGAAAUCCUCCCUCUAGCAGCCUGAGUCCCAGAGAGUGAUGUAAACACAGAUGUCAGGUGAGGCAGGGUUCCAGGAGGUAGUGGAGAAUACAUGGGGGGUUGCAAGGUUUUGAGGCAGGGAGCUUACGCUUAGGCUGCUGGCUGCUGAGCAAAAAGAGGUGUCUUUUCCAGAACAAAGUCCCACUGCGUGUGUGCACUGGUUGCAGUAGGGCAUGCGCCUCUGUGCCCCCAGUAACCUCACACUCCUCCUAAGCCCGGGAGGACCUUGGCUGUCGUAUGAGGCAGCUGGACAGAGCAUGUCCAGCCCACAGUUGCCUACUUCUCAUCCCCAAGCCUGACAGCCACGGCGUACGCUUUAUGUUGGUUUUCUCUUCUUUUUUCUUGCUAAUUAAUCAGUGGGUUUACAGUGUCUUCAUUCAGCAUGAGGAUUAUUUAAUGGGUUUGCCGCUGAUGUGUGGCUCCGUGGGAGACGGGCAGGGUAACUAAGAACUUACCAGCAGCUGAUCAGCUGGGAGCAUGGAAAGGUCAGCAUUCCCGUACAUGGAUUUCUUCCUGAACUAUCAAUAAUAAUCAAUGUUUUUCUCUCCCAUUUAAGUAGUGUCCCCUUCUCUCGUUGGUCAUUUAAUGCUGUAUAAAGACGUGUGUAUGUCAGUGCAUACGUAUGAGGUGUGACUGGAAGGUUGUGUGUCGAGUUUCUUUUCUUAACAUCCAGAAGAUCCAAGUGUUUCGUCUCACCCCACGAUGCUGGAAAGGUGACCCUUUGCGAGACUCUGUGCAGAUUGGUGCCAUGCUGUCCAAGUAGAAACAUUGUGUAAACGCUUCUGUUAGAAUGGAUUUGGGGGCCUGGCACGUUCCUCUGGUGAUCCUGAGAGAUGCAAAAUCAUCAUCCUUUGAGGACGGGUUUAAGUUGGAAAUAAUCCCAAGUCAUUUACUCAGUUGGAUAAAUAAAGAUGGGUGAUUAAGGUAAGUCACAUCCUUUUAGUUUCUUUUUUUUUUUUUUUAAAUCCCUAAGAUGUUCCUGGGGAUGAGUCUUUGGACCCUCAGAUCCUUUCAGAGCAACCACUUCAAAGGAGGACUGUAAUCGUAGUACGUGUAACUUCCAGUGGGUUCAUUUUUAAAAACCUGCACUCUUGCUGUGCCGUGUGUGUGUUCACGUCUCUGCGUACACGGGUGGGAGCUCACCCUCAUUGGUAUCAACCUCCAGUAGGAAUUCUGUAAAACCUUGUUAGACUUAAGUGCAUGUUAUUGUCAUGUUAGGCCAAAACUGAGGUGUCUCUUUGUCAUGAAACUUUGCUUCUUCACAGAAUUAAAAUAUUG